AUGAUCCCACUUUUUUACAAGAUUACAAUUCUCUUCCCGGCUAACAGCAUUGCAAUUUAUGCAACAUGGACACUUAUGAUUUACCUUACGAGUGUGUGGAACCUCAAUUUAACAUAUGCAGCUGCAAUUGUGAAUGUUUUCAAAGGUUCAGUUAAGUUGAUGGCCAUUGCAAUGAAAUUCCUGAUUGAUACUUAUACUGGUCACUUCUUCAUGCUUCUAUUCACCUCCAUCUCAUAUUGUAUUGGAUUGUGCUUGUUGACUAUAUCUAUGCCUCCUGUUACUGGGAUUUGCAGUGAAUACAAGCCAGAAUGUAUUGGCAAAGAACAGAGAAAACUUUUUUUUGCAGCCUUGGCUCUUAUAGCUGUUGGAAUGUCGGGUUUCAAUGUCUCUGCCCAAAAGGUUUUUUCUAUUCAAGUUGAUGGAGAGCAAUUGAUAAGCGUUACUAAUGAAUUGGUCCAGUGUUGUGACACUAAUACACGAGCAUAUAUUAUUAUUCCCAUAUUGUUUGUGGUGAUUACGUUUGUAAAGCUAUGGUUGCUUCAAUUUGGGAUGGCUAGUGUACUUACCUUGAUAGCAACCAUUAUGUUUGCAUCUGGGAUUUGUGAAUACUAUGAAGAAGACGAGCUAAAUGGUCGAAGUGAGAAUGUUGGGAGUCCUAACUUAACAACUAUUUUCAGAGUAUUUGUAGCUUCUACAUGGAAGAUGUUAGAGGAAUGUCCUGUAAAUCCUGAGGAGUUAUAUAAGGGGAAACAUGUUGUUGGACAAAAAAAACACACUCCUUACCUAAGGUUCCUUGAUAAAGCUGCAAUCAUUUUACCUACAGCCAGUUUAUGUGAUCAAGAAGGGAAGAAAUGGAAACUUUGUAGUGUUACAGAAGUGGAAAACGCGAAAAGAGACACUUACUUCCAAGAACAAGCCACGAUGAUGAACCCCCAAAUCUGGUUGUGGUCAUUUCCUCUCAACUCUUUGAAACUCAUUUAUGAUAUUUUUCAGGGUAAUAACGCCCCAACAGAUGAAAUUAAGUUCUCAAGUCUUAAAAGCGUUGCAUUUGCUAGAUUUUGUGUUGCAAUGGUAGUCAGCAUAAUAUGUUGUUCUACAGCUGCAAUGGUAGAGUUUUACAGGCUAGGGGUGGUUAAGAGGAAUGGGCUAAUAGACAAGCCAGAUGAGGUUGUUCCAAUGAGUAUUCUUUGGAUCAUUCCACAAUUUGUUCUUUUAGGAUAUCUUGAUAGAAACAGUCAGAGAUCCAGUUAUCAACUCUUGGUCGAUACUUUUGGUUCAUCGAUGAAGGAGGAGGGUUACUUGGACCAUGUUGUUAGUGCUAUUUCUGGUGUUGGAAUUAUUGGAAAUGCUAUUUGUGUGUUUUUGGUUGAUAUGAUUACUAGGAGAGGAGGGAAGGCAAGUUGGUUUCAGGACACUUUGAACAAGAGUAGGCUUGAUUGUUACUAUUGUUUGCUAGCAUUUCUCAGUGCUGCCAGUUUUGGUUUCUUCCUUUUGAUGCGCGAAGUGUGCAAGUGUUGGGAAGCUCAACUUGAGGAAAUAGAAAAUCAAAGAGGAAUCAAGUAUUCAGAUACCAACUUGGAAUCUCAACAAAUUUUAGAAGUUCAACUUGAGGAAAUGAGAAAUCAAAUAGAAGUCAAGGAUUUAGAUACCAACCUCGAAACUCUACAGCUUAUAGGAGAAGCUAGUAGCAGUGAUAAUGAUCAGAUCCAGCCAUUCUUAGGAUGA